AUGUAUAACUACAUGAAGUUAAAGCACACUGAGGGUAGGAGGUUGUGCAUGAACGUGAGCGUUGAGAUGGGGCCCAGCACGGCGACAAAACACAGACACUUGUUUGCGCUGGUAGAGCAACAAACAUGCUUGUCGCCCGAGGAUACGGUUAUGGAGUCUGGAAGGAUCUGGGCCGAUGCGACCCCCACGAUUUUCUACUUUGACGUUGAUGGAUGCGCGCAGUCACCUGACUACAUGUAG